CUUCACACGCAGCGUGACCGUAGAGGGGCGGGGCUUAAGGUUUCUGCAACAGCCCGGUGGCGACGUUUGUCUGAUCCGAUCUCGUCAUAAAGUCCUAAAAUGAGCUCUUCUGACAUGAAGACCAUUACUGUGAUCGGCAGUGGGCUCAUAGGCCGCUCCUGGGCCAUGGUGUUUGUCAGCGGAGGCUACAGCGUUAAGAUCUACGACAACAAACCAGGAGAGUCUGCCAAGGCGGUCACAGCGAUCGGGAAGCAGCUGGAGGAGCUGCAGGAAGCCAAAAUGCUGCGAGGUCAGCUGACCGCCACGCAGCAGCUCGCCCUGCUCAGCGGCCAUGAUGAGCUGGCCGAAGCGCUGCAGAGCGCCUUCUUCGUCCAGGAGUGCGUGUUCGAACAGCUCGAGGUCAAGCAGCGCGUCUUCCGGGACAUUGAGCGUCUCGUGGGGGGCGACGUCAUCCUCAGCAGCUCCACUUCCUGUCUGGUGCCGAGCAAGGUCUUCUCCACAGUGCAGCACAGGAGUCGCUGCCUCGUCUCCCAUCCGGUAAACCCACCGUACUAUGUCAAACUGGUGGAGCUGGUACCUCACCCGGAGACGGCAGCCGGCGUUAUGGACACCGCCCACUCCCUGAUGACCGAGGUGGGACAGGCGCCCGUCCGUCUGACCAAGGAGAUCGACGGCUUCGCCCUCAACAGGGUGCAGGCGGCCAUCAUUGCCGAGUCCUGGAGGCUGGUCCAGGACGGCGUUAUCUCCGUCAAGGACAUCGACCUGGUGAUGUCAGAGGGGCUAGGAAUGCGUUACGCAUUCAUUGGUCCCAUGGAAACGAUGCACCUUAAUGCACCGGCAGGCCUGGAGGACUACAUGCAGCGGUACGGGGAGGGCAUCAGGAGGAUGCUGACCUCCUUCGGGCCCGUACCGGACUUCUCUGGCACAGAGGGAGCCCGAAGAAUCGUGGAUGAGAUGUGCCAGCUGGUCCCCGGCGAGCGGCAGCACCUGUCGGCCCGGGUGGAGCGGCGGGACGAGCUCCUCAUGGGCCUGGCCAAGCUGAAGAAGGAGCACGGAGCUCGGGAAUGAUCUCCGGACGCUUGGUGUCGGGAUCUCAGGGUUGUUGGAGGAUUAAAGCCUUGAUUUAAAUGAAUCACUUAAAGGACUUUAAAGGACUUCUGAGAAAAAAUGUCAAGUGAUGAUUUAAUAAAAACAAUUAAACCUCA